AUGCCCUGGCCUGCGCUGGUCGCGACUGCCAGGGAGGAUGAUCCCCGACCGAGGCUGAUCCAACUGUCUGUCCCAUUUAAGUUUGAGGAUAUCACUAGCUCCCUCAACUUCCAAACGGCCGACUGUCAUAUCGUGGGUGGAUGCGACCUGUACACAACGAAAGCAGCGCGCUCCGAUCGCAAGCUGUACAAGAACAUCGAACAGUCGCUCGAAGCCCAAUACGAAUCGGUCCUACGACUAUCCGCCUCCCUAUCCCCUCCAAACGCGUCCGAUGCUGCGGCGGCAUUGAAUCUCUCACGGUCUAGUCCAUUUGGCCCCCUGAGUGAACAUUCAAGUCGUCGCACGUUUGCCUACCUGAUUGCCACGCUCAACGCGAGCCAUCCGGAUUAUGACUUCUCACAUGUGCUGCGCCCGAGUGAUUUCCGUCGCGAGCGACACUUGAAACGGGUGAUGAAUACGGUCGAUUCCACACUGUCCAAUCUACGGCCACGCGAGACCAUCGAUCUCUCCCCUUCGUCGCCGCCAGCGACCCUCAGUGAAUCAUACAACGGGGGCGCAUCUCCGGCCUGGGGUCCACGCAUGUGGCGGAUCAUGGACGACCAGAUGUCGCUUGGAGAAUGCUCGGUAUACUCGUAUUCACCCGACGAAGACCCCUCCGUUGCGGACGACGGCGCGAUCUGGAGCCUGCACUACUUCUUUUUCAACCCCAUGCGCAAGCGUGUCUGCUACAUGUAUCUGCGCGCGAUCCCAAUUCUGAGCCAUACGCCCCCAGACGAGGUGGCCACGACGCCCACAGGGAAGCGGACGUUUGACGAGGGUUACCUGACCCCUGAUCUGGGAUCGAGCAAGCGCGCCCGGUUUUGGCUGGGGGAUCGCGCGGAUUCAACAUUCCAAGGCAGCGACAGCGAGGGCGAUGAAGAGGAAGAGAUGGCCCAUUCCUCGCAUGCGGCACACCCUGUCGUGGACGAUUAUGACCACUACAUGCUUAGUGAUGAAGAGGUUCGCUCCCGGUCUGCUAGUAAGGGUACGGUGCGGGCUAUGAGCGAGGAAAUUGCCGAUUCCAUGGAGGUCUGA